AUGCGGGCGCUCGCCGUCCUGGCCUUCGCGGCGGCGUGCCCGCGCGCCGCAGCGCUGGUCGUGUACUACAACGUUUUCAGCAAGAACGUCGCGACGGCCGUCGAGAUCGUCUACGAGCAGCUCACGGAGCUGAGAGCGGCGCCCAUCUGGGACGAUGUGGAAGAAAUCCGCUACAGCACGAUCGGCAAGGGCAAGAUGCGAAACCACGUCGAGAGGAUCUGCCGCGAGGUCAACGCGACGACGUGUCGACGCCUCGGGAGCCACAAAACGGGCCACGAGGAGCGGACGCUGACGCCUCUCCACGCGUUCUGCACGAAGAACCCUGAGGCGUCGGUCGCUUACUGUGUGGAAAUCAAAAUUCAGACGCCCCACGCCACCGACGCGAUGCAACCUAACUCACUGGUUGAUUUCCACACAGGUCGCUUACCUGCACGACAAGGGCUCCUUUCGGAACGUCUUCAAUCGCUCGGUCCGCGGGCGCCAGAAACGGCUCCGCCAGGCGUUGUUGCGCGGCCUCGGCAGCGUCGGCUGCCUCGCGGCGAUCACGAAGGGCGACGCCUGCGACGUCUGCUCGACGCACUUCACGGCGCUCCCGCACCAGCACACGAAGGGCAACAUGUGGCUCGCCUCGUGCCGCUACGUCGCCACGCUCCUGGCGCCACCGUCGUUCCAGAAGGGCAUGGACGCGUAUUGGGGGCGGCUCGGCUUCGACAAGGGCGGCACGCUGCUGGGGACGCCCUGGGUCGGCACGGGACGGUACGCCAUGGAGCACUGGGUCCACUCGCAUCCGUCCGUGCGACCGUGCGACGUCUCCGAGAAGCCCCUGGAGACGCUCGAGGACAUGAUCCAGCUCGCGUCGGGCGGCUGGGACUCGUCCGUCGCGACGGCGGCGCCGCGCGUCGACGCGACACAUCCGGGCGCCGGCGAGGCGCUCGGCGAGCGCAUCCGCGGCCCGAUCCCGAAGAACAAACGGAACUUCAGUACGAUCGUGGGCGAGUGGCAAACGCUGUAUGGAGAGGUGCCCCCCGAGUCGUCGCUCCUGUUGCGGAAGUACCGGCAGAUGUACGGCGUGCCUGCCCGAUAG